AUGUUUUCGAGCAGACGUCUCUUCCUCUUCCUGACAAACAUGGCGACAACGAACGAGGAAGAAGCAAAUGGCUGCAUACAAAUCCAACAGAAGGACCCAACGGAGACCCUCAUGGCACCGGAGCCGGCCGCUACCGAAGAGGUGGUGGUUAUGAUACCCCAACAACAUCAGCAGGUACAGCAUCAGUCAUCAGAUAAGAGCCAAGAGGAAGAUCUGUUGGCCGAAGCGGCGAGCAAAACCCUCAUCGAAAUUGGUGCCAAUGAAGCCUGUAGAAGUUUGCUUAAUGCCGGUGACGAAUUUAAUGAUUUUGGUGAAUUGUCCGGGGCUAUUGCGGCUGUUUGUAAAUUAACUGAUGCUGUUUUCACAAUUCAUGAUUGUCAAACGAUUACUAAGGCGAAUCGGUCUCGUUGUGUCAAAGUUGAACCCUUGGAUGAAAAGUUCAAGUAUAAAUAUGUUAAAUAUGUUUGUAAGCAGUUUGGAUGUUCUCGUAGAAGGAACGUGCCUGGGAUACGACCGAAUCAGAAAACUUACAAAAUCGGCUGUCCUGCAUUGAUUGCAGCAUCAGUAGACCAAGCCUAUAGACUUAUUGAUAUUGGAGUAAAAACAAAAAAUGUUCGUGAAUACAUUUCCAGUGUGACUGGCAAACAAUUGACAACGAGAGACAUAAAUAAUUUGAAGGCAAAACGGAAGAAAGAACUGAUGACUGUCCACAAUUGUAACAACAAUAACACUGAAAGUCCUCCUCCAAAUAAGAAAAAGAAAAAAAUCAGCAAAGAGAUGGAAAUGUCUUCACCAAUUUCUAGCCAUGUAUUUGAUAUUUCCAAAGGCCUUCCUGCAACUGGUCUACCUGUUUUGUUAUUCCUUCAAGUUGAAAAGAGAGCUUGGAAACUACUACAAAAAAGUGCCAGCGGUAUUGAUGGCCAUGUGACAUUCCUCAGUGGACAGAAGAUUUACAAAACAAAUGUUUACAAACUUUUAUUUGACACGGAAUCAUAUUUCAAGAUUACAGACCAAACUGCAUUUUAUCCUUUUAUUGAAAUUGUAUUCCAAGUGACAGAUCCCAAUCAUAAUCACCAUAUACCAAUCCAGAUAAGUCCACACAGUUAUUCCUGCCACAGAGAACUUACACAACAAGAAUCAGAUCUUGUGUUGACUCCCUCUCCCCAAACAGCUUCCCCAUCCCGCCUCUCUUGA